GAGAGACUACAUAGCUCAUGAAGUGUUGCCGCAGAAGCUUAAACCACCUGAAACGCAUGUCAAGAGUGAUGAGAGUAUGGAUUUGACCUCAACUUAUAAACAAGAUUAUAACGCCUACCCUAUAUCUAAAGUACCUCCGUGCCUCCCCUGUGUGGUGAGACACAUCCCCAACACCAAGAUGGAUACAAGAACCACUUAUGAAGAUGACUAUGUGCUCUGGAAUGAACCGAAGACUGAGUCAAUCAGACCAAACAACAGGUUUUGCCCAUCAGAAGAAAACUUUGACCACAAAACCAGUGCUCAGGAUGACUAUCUCUACAGGGGUCCAGUUGCCACUCAAAGCUGCAAACCUCUGACUCUGGCCCAGAAAAUCAAGGCUCCCUUUGAGAAUAUAACCAGUUAUAGAGUGAAUUAUGUGCCACAUCCUCUGGAAAAACGUUAUGUCCAUAAAAAUGAGAAAUACAAGGUCAGUGAGGUCCCAUUUGAUGGCCUCACUACCCACAAAGUUUCUUAUAAGGGGCUGGCUGGUAAGCCAGCCAAGACUGCAAAACCAGAACAGUUGAAGCUUCUCCAUGAUCUUCCGUUUUUCUCUACAACGGAGUUUCAGGAAAAAUACCAAGCUUGGCCACAGCCUCCCAUAUUCACCAAAAAACCUGAUGUGUAUCUUCCACCUUUGGAGAAAAUGGACCUUCACACCACUACUCAGAUAGACUACAAGCACCCAAAUGGCAAACCAGCCAAAAUGUGUCGCUCUUUGGUCCAAUUUAAAAAAAAUACUGAGCCAUUCAAUAGCACUUCUAUAAUGAAGGAAGACUAUAAGCCUUGGCUGUGCAAGAGAGUAAGACCUAUCAUUCAUACUCCGGAGAUGACUUUCUCAAAAAAACCAAUGGAUUGCUUGACUACGUUUCAGAGACACUAUGUGCCUCAUCCACUCACAGUUGCAAAGAGCUAUAAACCUGGAUGGUCAGGCCCAGAGCAUCACACUCCACUAGAUGCAAAAACGAUCUAUGCUACCAGCUACACACCAAAAGGCACUGUUAGAUGCUUGGCCUCUUAUAAAAACCCACCCGGUUAUGUCUUUGAAGGAGCUGAUGCUGAUGGUCACAAUCUCUAUCUCUGUGCUUCUGAGAGUGAGCAUCUGCAAGGUGGACACUGA